GAUGAGGUUUUUGAGCAAGUGCCGCAUGUGGUGCGAGAUGUCCUGCUGAUGUCGCAGUGGGACAUAGACGACACGCAUCUCGUACUGGGGCACUUACAGGCAAACAACGGAAAAUGCGAACAGAGCGAUGCCGUGAUCCUGGCUCAUUUGUGUACUCUGCUGAUGGCGCAGAUACUGGAUGAUUUUGAGGAGAUAUCGUGCGACAUUGAGAAGUCUAUUGACUAUUGGAAGGGCCAGACACUGUACCCACUAUUCUCGACAGUUUCACGGUUGCCCGUGCGGAUCAAUACUGUCGCACAUCAGACUAUGAACAGAUUGUUGUCUCCCAUGGAUAUCCGGUCUAUUAUCGGAGUACCGUCCAUGAUAGUAAGAACGAAUUCGGAGGAUGUGGAGCAGAAAAUACUGCAUCUCAAGACCAGGAGGAAUGUGGUUGCCAUGACGACAGCCCAAGCAGUGGAGGCUUGGCUGCAGGCACUUUCUACCAUAAACGUAGCGGAGAGCAACGAGGCCUUCCACAAAGAGGUGAUGUCUUACAGCAACCAGUGUGUGGAGAUCGCCCGAGACACACUGGAGUGUUCGGGUUCACUUGAUCCCAGUCGAUUGGGCCCAAAGGCACCUCAUUUCAAGUGCCAGAAACUGAUGGCAGAUAUGGACACAAUUAUGACGAGCUAUCCCGCAAAAGUCACACAGCUUCGUCUGGCGGUAGACGAAAACAAGCGUCCGUCGUGGGUGAUACGUAACUGGCUCAAGCUGACAAUCUACGGGUCAGUGGCUGGAUUUUCCGCUUCUUAUGUUACCAAGCAACGGGCGUCCAUCAAGGUUGCGUUUGUGGAGUCGAAGGAAGUGACAAUGAAAUUCCUUCAAGACUACGUUAUUGAACCGCUGACCUCCAUCUACAACACUAUAAGAUUUGACACUGAGAAAGAUGUACUGCAACAGCGGGCCCAUAACUUGGAGGUGGAGACCGAGUCUCUGAGGCGCAUGGUGGUUGAAUUUGCCGGUAGUCACGCCAUUCCCCAGGAAGAACCGUUCGCAGCCAAGGCGGAGGCACCAGAAAUCUCAGCAGCCUACCAACAGGUGCUGAUGAAAUAUGCCGCAGACAUCAAACAUCCCCUGAAGAAUGCUUUGACUGGCGACAUGGUACAGAAUGUUUUGAUCCAGGUUCAAAAGCAAAAGGUGGAUGCCGGCAGUAUGAUGGCGGCCAUAGAUAACCUAAUGGCGUCCAACGAGCUUAAUUUCCAAAUGCUGACUGCCUUUCCCACGCUGUACCUGUUCUUCUAUGCCGUAUCUGGGGUGUGGUCGAGCAUCCAAAGAUACCGCGGAGUCUACAGCAAGAGCCUAAUCCUGUCCUUCAAUCUACAACUCAGGAAACUCCAAAAACUCAAUAUGCGCAGCUCACGGGCAAAUACUGAUGCCAAACAAUGGGCAUACAAAGGUCGUAUUCUUGGUUGCUUAGCUGGACUCCGCCGUGCUAGUAACAAGCUGUCUGCAGGCGACGAGAGCAUGUUUCUUUCUGAUAUCCGUGAUUUGGAGAAGGUGCCGUCCGGGGAACAACAGGUGCGGGAUCGGGUGCAUAUUGUAAAUCGGAUCUAUCGCUCAUACGACUUCCUAAAGUAAAGUUGAGAUUGAGAAUUGUCAGGUAGAAAUUGGUAAACGCUGUAGUACGAAGCAAUUGACUCGAAUACGCUAUCGCGGCAAUGGCGGUAGCCAGAGGCAUAGUACACAUGCGGAAAGGCAUAAGAGAAAGCGGGGUGGAGGGUGAUAUAGCGACCGAUAUAGGGCCACGCCGAACGAACUUGGAUAUAUUAUAAUGUAACGUAAGCAUAACAGUAGAUUUGAAGCGUGAGUAAUCGCCUGCAAAGCUCCCCUAGACGUGAAAAAUUAUCGUAAUGGCCGUGAUAGUUUCCGAGAUGAUCCGCUAUGAUAGAGAUGUACUCAAUACAAGGGUCACAAACCGGUUUUGGAUUCUACUUUAUUUCCAAACUACAUGCCUUAUAAAUUAUAUUUCAUCGUCUCAUUCAGGUGGCGCUGCUGAUUGCGUCCGCUGAUAUUUCUAAAUUAUUGUUUCUAAUAUUUUAUACUGUGUUCGCCAGUGAGUGCAGCUCAUGACGUCUCUGUGCGGCUCGUUCGCCAUUCCCUAGUUGUAGAGAGCUGCUGUGACAAUCCCGUGGGAGCUGUGUGAACUCCGUUUUGUAAUCGAAAACAUCUAAUACCUUGGCAGAAAAAAAAAGCCCAGAUUUGCGCAGAUCACACUUCUACCUCGGAAGUACUGCAGAGUUAACGUUACCCGCAUAUUUUUGAUAGUAAAUCCAUCAUCCACUGAAAUUCAACCUCGCUAUUAUACGAAAAGUUCGUGAUACCGCAUCAGCUAACCCGACUUCUCACUUCGUUCCACAUUCCCUUGCCUGUGUGUUCCUUGG